UUCCUCUCAGGAGGUUUCAUCCUGCCUGUGCACCAGGGCCAGGGGGGACAGCCCAUGUUGGGGAACAGUCCCAGAAACACCAUUGUGGUCACCAUCACCUGCCCUGCUAUAAAUGGCACCUUUCUGCAGCCAGAGGCUGUGGCACCCAUGGGGUAGGGCAUCCAAGGGUGUCCCAUAGAACUGCCCAGGAGGGCGACAGUGAUGUGUCCCUAUCUGGCCUUCCUCUGGUCCUGUGCUGGGGGCAUUAACUGUCCCAGUACAGGGCAACACUGGCCUCAUCUUACAAAGAGGGAGAGCAAAGCCCAAGAGGGCUGAACAAUGUUCCUGCUGCCGGGAAUAGCUGCCAGCUCUGCCCACUGUCCCUGCCGCCAGGCUGCCUGUGCAGGCCCGGGCAGCCGUGGGGAUCCUGGUAGAGCUGCUUGGGAUACUCCACACCUGAGGUCAUCUUCCAAAGUGGUGUGGAAGGACUGUGGCUCCCAGCAUCACGUGCUGCCUGCUGCUGGCUGAGAGGUUUGGGGGGGUGGGGGGUCCAUCACCUCCUUUUAGUGGUGAGUGGCAACCCCUCCCGAGCGCCUGGGAGAUGCUAGUGGGUGCUGCAGCAUCCACCUGCAUGGAGAUAGGGUGACAGGAGCCAUGAGGAGCAUCCUAGGGUGGGUGACACAGGACUGUACAGUGACCCCAGACCAAGUCCUUGCUCUACUGAACAUCUCUGGACUGGCUGCUGCAGGCAGGCUGUGUGCACCCAGGUACCUACACCCAGCAUGGGGGUACUGGGCAGCUGGGGGGGCAGUGGGUCUCUAAGAGGGUGCAGGGCUGGGGAGGUGAGCCAGGGCCAUCAGAAAGCGGAAGGGUGAGCUCAUGGCAAAGCUGCCCCAGUCAUGUGGAGCAGCCACAGCUGUUGGUGCCCUUGGGCCAUGGGACAGAGCGGCCAGCGACAUAAAGCCCUGCAGCCAGCAGAGCCUUCGGCAGUACCGGGGGCCAAGGUUGGGUUCUCCCUGCCCGUGGUGGUGAGGAGGAGAGGCUGCAUCCUGCACAGGACUGUGCCCUCAGGGCAGACAUGGAGCUGGAAGUACAACGGGCAAAGGAGCUCAUCGAGCAGAAGCUGGCGGAGGAGGAGGAGGAGGAGAAGCGACUCAAAGAGGAUGGCACACGGGAGCCACCGGCCGUGGAGCGGAUGAGCACGCCUGAGCUGGAGGAGGAGAAACGCUAUGGUCCCCGGAACAGGGGCCUUGAGGCUGUCAAGGGUCAGGAGCGAGUGCGGAAGAGCUCAGUAGACCUGCGGCGGGAGAUCAUUGAUGUGGGGAGCAUACAGCGCCUCAUCGAGCUCCGCAAGCAGCGUCGGCAGCGCCGGGAGGAGCGGGCAGCCACCCCCGAGCCCCCGCCACCACCUGAGCCCUUGGAGAUUGAGGGUCCCGUAGAGCCAGAGACCUUUCUACGCGCCGCUGUCCAGGGCAAGAUGCCCAUCAUCGAGAAGUUUCUGGCAGACGGCGGCUCCCCUGACACCUGUGAUGAGUUCCACCGCACGGCCCUACACCGCUCUUCCCUGGAGGGACACAUGGAUAUCCUGCAGAAGCUCCUGGACAGUGGGGCCACUGUUGACUUCAGGGACCGGCUGGACUGCACCGCUGUGCACUGGGCCUGCCGGGGUGGGCACCUGGAUGCUGUCAAGCUGCUGCAGGAUCGUGGGGCAGACCUCAACCUGAAGGACAAGCUGCUCAGCACCCCCCUCCAUGUGGCCACCCGGACCGGACACCCUGACAUCGUGGAGCAUCUCAUCCACUGCGGGGUGGACAUCAACUCUCCAGACAGGGAAGGUGACACAGCACUGCAUGAUGCCACACGACUCAGCCGCUACAAGAUCAUCAAAAUGCUGAUUCUACAUGGAGCAGACAUGAUGGCCAAGAACCAAGCUGGCAAGACCCCGACAGACCUGGUGCAGCAGUGGCAGGUGGACACACGCCAGGCACUAGAGACCAAGGAGCAGCCACAGGGGGAGAUGGAGGUUCCUGCAUGAUGGUGCCAGGCACAGACCAGGGAUCAGGCUCAGGUCUGAGGAGCAGGAUCGAGCAGAGACUUAACCAUGUCAA